UCUGGGCGAGGUCUCCUAGCAACUGGAUGUAGGGCCAUGGCACUGUUAAUGCCCCAGGAAGUAAAAGAAGUCUUCCAGCUGCCGAAACAGAGAGGCCGGGAGCACCUGCGGAGACUCCUGCACUGGGAGGAGCUGGACGAGCUCAGGGACCUGCGCCGGAGCAUCCUGCUGGAUGCCCUCUACGACAGCGUCCUCUUUGCGGCGGGCAAAGGCUUCCCUUGGGUGCAGGUGGCGCGGGCCGUCAAGUUCACCGAGGAGCUGUUGGUGGAGACCAAAGGCUGCUCUAUCACUGAGGCAGUGAGGAUUCUGGGGAACAAGCUCGUGGACUACCAGCUGCAGUUCACCACCAGUCACCUGCUGGCCCUCUGCGACUACUUCCACAACACCUUCAUCCGCCACUACCGGCUCUACCAGUUCGUCCUGGGCCAGGACCAGGACGUCAACCUGACCGUCACCCGCCUGGAGGUGUGCACGCCACCCCAGCCCCUGCCGCUGGCGGAGGGCACGCACAGGGACACGUGGAAGCAUGAGCAGCAGAUGGCUGCACUGGGGACGGCCGAGGAGCAGAAGCGCAAGGAUGUGCAGCUCCUGAAUGAGGCGCUGCGUGCGGAGCAGGCGCGCCUGCUGGAGCGGACAUUCCAACUCGCAGGGGCCUGGGGCGCUGAGGGGACACAGCCACACCAGGGCCUGUGCAGAGAGGCGCUGGAGCACCUCGUCCAUGAGGCAGUCGGCAUCCAGAUCAAGAGCCUGGGAGAGCGGCUGCAGCGUGAGAUCCAGGCGGCUUUUGACAUCCUGGACCUGCGGCUCCAGAGGCAGGUGCUGAGUCUCAACGCCCCCCUGCCCUUCCCGCCCCCCGGCCCAGGCCAGCGGGGGCCGGAGGAGCCCGUCAAGUCCCACAAGGGCCACCGAGGGAAGAAAGCCAUGGCGAAGUAGCCUGAGCCCCGUGACCACUGCCCCGGGUGCCUGGGAGGGGAGCUUUGCAUGCACCCCUCUGAACAGAAGUUAAAGCGAUUAAAAGAAACGGAGUCA